UGUAGACAGACGUGAAUGCUACACCGCAGCGUAGCUAGGCGAUGUACUUGGUGCUGUGUAGAGCCCUGCCGUCGCAAUGCUACCUCAGCUUACGGUGGUCUACGCUUGCAAAACACAGCUGAGAUAAUCGUGUCAUUUAAAUUACACCGAAACGGGUACACAGUUACGAUCACGUGGGACGACGCGCGCCGCGUGCGGUUCCGCCCUGCAUACACGCUCCUCCUGGUCCGGCCGUCCAUUUCUUGCCACCUUCGCCAUGUUGUCUUGGGAUCCCUCCUCCUCCGGUUGGUCAAGCUGCACAGCGAGGUCGAGAAGCUCAAGGCCGACUUAGCUGAGCUCCGAGUCAAACAUGCUCGGGAGGAAGAGAAGGACUGUGGCGAUGGUGAAGCAGGGAUGAAGGCGGGGAUGAUGGGAACGACGAAGGAGACGUCAGAGCACCCGCUUGGAAGCGACACAAGGUCUAGACCAACUAACUGUCACUGGGACCGAGCUCUGGGCAUGCUCCCAUCAAUGUAUGCGGAUGAUAUCUGGCGCUGAGGGUGUCAUCAGAAAUCCGUGGUGACCGCAAUGCAGAAUCUUACUGGCUUAGGGCCAAAUCCAUCCCCCAUUGGUGGUCCACCUGCAGCCGAGAAUGAUGAUGACCUCGCAAAUGAAGAAACGGCGGGGCGGCCAUGGCACCAGUCAACUCGUCAAUGACCGCUUGCGGCGUCGAAAGUAGCCUGUAUGGGUAUCUUUAAUCAUCUAGAGACGUGCUCUUACCUGUGUGUUCUUGUUCUUGGGCG